AUGAGAAAACUCGGAUACAAAUUGGUACACACCGGCAAACAUGACAAAAAUAGAUGGCAGAGAAUUGAAUUGAGUCCAGAAGAAAGAGAAGCAGACAAAAAAGAAGAAGAAAUGGAGGCAGCUCAAAAAGCAGAGGAAAUAGAAGAAGCUCUAAAAGCAGAAGAAAUGGAAAUAGCUAGAAAAGCAGAAGAAAUCAAAGCUGCUAGAUUUCCAACUCGCCCAUGUUCAAACCCUCCCAACCCAAUAGGAUUCUCCAAGCCAUUAGGAUUCACUACACUAAUGCCUCAAAACGACAGUGGAUUCUUUCCCUUCAAAAUCGGAGAAUUACCUAAACGUCCGAAAUACUCCAUUCCCACUCCAUGGGGAGAAUGGGAAACAGGAAAAGAAAGAGUGGAACGUCUAAAAAAGGAAAAAAAGGAAGACGAAGAUUUCAAUAAACAACUGAAUAUCCAAUUUCGUAGAAGAGUAAGAGACAACCCUCAUAUCAAUUUCUCAACCGACAACUUUGGAAGUGGGAAACACAUCAAAUCCAUAGAUGAAAAGGUAAAAGACCUGCUUGAGGAUCCACAUUAUCCAGAGGCCAAAUUCAACAGUCUGAAAUGCGAGACACUCUUAGUAUCCAAUGAACUAGACGAUACGAGAAAAGAACUGGAAGACACCAAAAAAGAACUGGAGGACACCAAAAAGAAACUGACUGAAUUGCCUGAAUUUAAAGAACAAAGCAAAAUGAUACUUGAAGGAUACAAAAAAGAACUAGAAGACAUCAGUAAAGAACUAGAGGCCAUCAAAGAAGAAAUUCAGAAAGCCAAAGAAGAAGAAGAAAAAAAAGAAAAAAAAGAAAACCUGAAAUCAAAAAUGGAAGAAUUUCUGUCAAAUAUCAAACUAGAUCCAGCAGAAUACAUCGUUCCAUUAUUUGAAAAACCACCGGGAAACAGAAUGGAUUGGAUGAAAUCGGAUGCCAGUAGAGCAACAUGGAGCUUCUACAUCAAACCAGAACAAGCCAAAAAUGACAAAUUCAAGGCCAUGAGACUUCUGCUAUCAGAAUACUGUCACAAAUUCUGCUUAGUGGAAAACGGAGUAACUCAUAACAUCAACGGAGAAUUCCAAUUGAAAAAACCAAUGAACAUCAAGGGCCUAACAGACCUACUUGGACCCAACAUCUAUAUCAACGGGGGCCCUAAAGAACUAGGCACUGAAAAUUGGUCUAUGGCUGCAAAAUUCGACCAGAAAGACUACUUCAACAUCUCUUUCACAGAUGAAACAAAAGGAACCAUUUCAAAAUUCAACAUUGGUAAUAAACCCAAACCUGUGGUGUGUAGACUGAAGCAAAGAUCAAGAGCCACAGCUGGAGAAAUGUCAUCUGAUAAACCCAAAAAAGAGGAAGAAAAACCCCAACCAGAGGAAAGAAAACCCCAAACAGAGGAAAAAAUGGAAGACAAAAUGGAAACUGAGGUAAAAAUGGAAGAAGAUGAUGGUGAAAUUCACAUGGAAGAAAAUGAAGAGGAAGUGAUAUCUGAAUUUCAUAUCAAAUGA